GCUACAGGUAACGUAGCAACACUGCGUUGACCGAGCACGCUUACACUUGACGGGCUCGCACGGAUGCCUCUCAAUCAUUGUGCCAACUACUGCUGGUGUUAGCCUAUAGUUGCAGUGACUCAAAUCAUGUAGAAUAGGUGAGCAGAGACCAGGGCGCUUGGCAGUUCAUUCUCAAACAGCCACAGUCACAGCUUCAUCGCCGUUACGUAUGCCAUGUAAACUAGAGAUGUACAUGAGACAGCUGUGGCUUCGCUGUGCACGGCUGGACAUUGAAAUGCUGCCGAGGACGCCUAGGAGGACACCCUGGAUACAAGGCUUCUCGGCCUGGGCAGAUACAUAGAUGGAUCCCGCAGAGCGAAGCGAGGAGUACCGGCCCGCUCGCGGUGACUCCGGUCCGCGGGCGGGCCACGCAGGAACGGCUGCCAUUGGAGGGCUGAACCCUGCCCCGAAGCGCGCGAGCGGCGGAGGCGCAGGCGCAAGCGGGGGCCCAUCCAUAGCAGCCGGGCCCAGCGCCAAUCUGCUUGUUGCAUGGCCCGAGGAGCCCGGCGCCGAGCUGCCGGCGCACCUGACCCAGAUGCUGCAGCAACGUGAGUCAACGGCGCCAGUCAGCUCGACACAGGGGCCAGGCGCUGGCGGCUCCGGCAACCCGCACUUGAACGAGGUACUCGGCUUCAGUCGCCGGGGCGUCGGCACUGGCCCUGGUUCCGGGACAGGCGGCGCCGAUGCCAUGCCCACGCCGCGCAUCCGUUCUGCUCGUCCCUUGAUCGACGUGUCGCGUGUGGGCGCGGCGGCAGCAGCGGCAGAGGCGGCGGCCGGCGGUGUUGGCGGCGCGGGCGGGGGCGCGGUCGACGGCGGCAGAAGCCAGGUGUUGGGCAGACGAGGCGGUGGCGGUGGCGGCGGCAAUGGCGGUGGUGGUGGCUUGGGCGCGAUGCUGCGGAGCUGUGACGAUGACACCAUGUCAGACCUGCAGCUGUCGUCGCCUGCGCUCGCUCGGCUGGCGGAGCAGACAGCAGCAGCGCAGUCUUCGCAGGCGCAGGCGCAGGAAAAGCAGCUUGGCGCGUCGACAGGCGCUGUCCAGGCACCGCCGCGUGUAACGGCGAGCACGAGUGCGAAGCCUCUGCGGGGCGGUCAUGCUCCAGAGGCUGGCAGCAGCGGCGCAACAACUGUCCUAGGGGGCAAGGCGCCUCUCCCCUUGCCCGACAGCUCUAGGUCGCAGCAACACCAACAACACCAACAACACCAGCAACAGCAACAGCAGCAACAGCAUGUUGGGGUGGGCGACGCACAGCUGGCCUCACACUUCGGCAGCCGGUCCAGUCGGCGGCUUCUGCCCGAGGGCGCACUGUCAGGAGCCACCAGCGGCGGCGCCGCCGGCAUCGGGGGCGGCAGGCCGCCGCACGGCCCGCAGCCGCCGCCGUCACUGCGCAUCAGCUCCGGCGUCCUUGGCGGAAACUCGCCAAUGGCGUCGCCGUCGGCCGUCGGCGCUGGCGCCGGUGCUAGUGCUGUCGGCGGCGGCGGUGGUGGUGCUCUGGGCUCAGGGUCGGCUGCGCGUAUGGCGUUGCUCGCAUCCCCGGGCGCGGCCGCCGCAGCCGGGCGGCGGGCGGCUGGCACUGCUGAUGGCGCGGCACCCAGCUCGCCGGGCGCUCUGCCGUUCAGCCGCACGCACAGCUACGCCACCCAGGCGGCCGGCGGCGGCGGCGCCGCCGCCGACCGGGGGCACCACGGCCCGCCGCCGUGGGCGGCGGCUGGGUCCGCGGUCAUGCCCUCAUCGCCCGCGGGUGGAGGCGGCGGCGCCGGCGGGAGUGCCGGCGGGGGCGCAGGCGGGGCCGCCGGCGGCUCGUUGCUGACACACAUGCUUCCAGCUCCAGCCUCACAGGCGGCUGCUUCCGCGCCGCCGACGAUAGCCGCCGCCGCGGCAGCUGCCGCCCUUGGCGGCGGCGCCGGGGCCGGCGGCGGCGCCAGGUCAUCCGGCGCGGCGCUGUCGCCGCAUCCACCCGUGUCACCGCUGCCCGGACUCCCUAGCUUUCUUGGAGCUCCAGUCGUGCUGGACUCGCAGCCUUAUGGCGCGUUGCUUGCGUCCCACUCGUUCGGGCACCAACGCAGCCCGGGUCUGAGCCGGUCUGCGUCCGGGACCAACUACCGCACCGCGGCCUGCGGUCCUGGCGGUGGCGGCAUGGGCGGCGGCGCCGGCGGCAGCGGCUCCACGAGCGCCUCGGGCGCGCCGGCGGCGCUCGGGUCGCCGUUGUUUGCGAGCCAUCACAACCUGGCGGCAGCGCCGCCGGCCGGCGGCGUGGUGGCAGGCAGCCACAGCGGCAGCGGCGCCGUUACUGGCGGCGGCAUAGCCGCCGCUGCCGCCGCGGUAGCGGCCGCUGCUGCCGGCAGGUAUAGCAGCCCGUCCCCGUCCACCCGCGGCGGCGGCGGUGCGAGCCGGCAGAGCGUCCGCAGCAGCAGCUACAGCCACCACCACGGCAGCAGCAGCCGCGGCGGCGCCGCCGGCUCCUACUUCCGUGUGCGUGAGGCGGUGCCCGAGGCGGUGUUGGAGUCGGUGCGCAGCGCUCGUGGCGUGGGGCCCGGGGGGCUGCGGGCGCCGCAGCCCCUGCAUCCGGGCGCGGUGCCGGACGAGGGCCCGCCGGAGCCGUCGCAGCCGCUGCGGCUGUCGCUGACGGCGGCGGCGGCGCUUGCGACGGGCUCCAGCCCCGGCGGUGUGCCGGGCGCCGCCGCCGCGCCGUCGUCAGCCGCGGCGGCGGUGAUGCUGUUGUACGGCGGCGGCAUGCCCGGCGGCGGCGCCGCCAAUGGCGUCGCCCGCGUGCUGGGUCUCAGCAGCUGCACCAGCCCGCGCGCCACGCACAGCGGCGGCCAUGCCGGCAGCGGCGCCGCCGGCGCCAAUGGCGGCGCCGGCGGGGUCAGCGCCGCCACCAGCAAUUGGUUGCGGCGGCACGAGGCCAUGCCGCCGCCGGAGCUGCUGCCGGUGCCGCACAGGCCAAUGCCGCUGGCGCUCGAUCACCUCCAGCCCGCCUCGGUGCUCGCCACCGUCUACGCCGACGAUCCUCAAUUGCAGCAGGCGCAGGCCCACAUGCAGCACAGGCCGUCGGCGCCGGGCGGCGGCGGCGGCGGCGGCCUGGGGCUGCGGCCGGCGUCGCCGCUGGCGGACGUGCCGGCGGCGGCGGCCAUGGCGGCGGCGGCCGCCGCCACCGGCUCGCAGGACGGCUUGGAGCCCGACAGCAGCAACGACGGCCGGCUGAUGCGGCUGCACAGCCCCACCACCCUCUCCACAGCCACGCUCUCUGCCCGCCCCAUGACUCCCACCUCGCCCACCUCGCCCAUGUCGCCCGCCUCCCUAGCGCCGCCGCCGGCGGCGGCGGCGGCGCGGCCGUCUCGCGCCACUUUUCGCAGCUCGUCCAAGAUGCGGUUGAUCUCGUUGGGCCUGGGCGGCGCCUUCAGUCCGGCGGCGGCGGCCGCGGCGGCGGCGGAGCAGGAGGCGCUGUUGGCGCUGCUGGGAUCCAGUCGGAUGAUGAGCAGCGUGCUGACCGUGACGGGCGGAGGCGCGGGGGCGGGUCGCGCAGGAGGCGUGGGAGGAGGGGCAGGUGGUGGCGGCCGGGAUGGGUCGGGCGGCGGCCGCGAGGGUGCGGUGCACGGACCGCGGGACCCCAGGUACGACCCCUCCGCUCACAUCCCGCACAUCGACGCCAUCCCCGUCAUCCCGGAGCACGUGGCCUCCCCGGGCGCCGGCCUCAUGGGCGACACACGCAUGGGCUCCACAGUCUUCUCCCCGCCCCAUCCCAACCCCAAUCCCCACGGACACGGCCACGGUGGCGGCGCUGGCGCCCUGGCCAAAGUCGCGUCCCUGCGCCGCGCCGUCGGCGGCAAGCCCGCCGCCGUGCUCGCGCGCUCCGCCUCUGCUCGGCCUGCCGCCGCCGCCGCCGCUGCCGCCGCCGCUGCCGCCGCCGCCGCCAGCAGUGGCGGCGGCGGCCACGGCACGUCGCUGCGGGCUGCGCAGCCUGACCCGCACAUGCUCAGCCGCCGCUUCGGCGCCACAACGGUGGUGACGCCGGACGGCCGGACGCUGACGCUGGUGCCGACGCCGGUCAUGAUGCAGGGCGGCUCGCCGGGCUCCUCCGACUGCUCGCCACAGCCCUCGCCCGGCGGCGGCGGCGGCGGUUAUGCCACUGGCGGCGGCGGUUACGUCGGCGCGGGCGGCGGCGGCGGCGGCGGCGGCGCGCACUACAGCGAGGGGCAGCUGCCAGCGGAGUUUCCGCCGCCGGAGGAGGUAAUCUCCGCCGUCAACGGCCACGUGAUGACGCCGCCGUCACUGGCGGCGGCGGCGGCUGGCGGCGGCGGCGGCGGGCAGGGCAGCCGCCUCAAUGCGCGGUCCGCUCGCUCCACGCCGCACCGCAUCGUCGGCGGCUGGCCGGAGGAGGGCCCCGGUGGCGGCGGCGGCGGCGGCGGUGACAGCGAUGACGAUUACGGCGAGGAUGGCGACGGCGUGUCAGACCUGCGGCUCAGCAACCGCCGCACCAGCAGCCGUGACGCCGGGCGCACGGGAACACACUCCUUCCGCCUGUCGGCCGCGUCGGCUGCAGCGGUGCCGCCAGGCCUGCCUCGCGGCGCCGCCGCCGCCGCCGCCGCCGCCGACCCCCGCAGCCUCACGCGGCACCUCUCGGCACCGGCUGGCCCGGGCGGCGUGCCGGCCACGAGCACCUCAGGCGCCGACGCGCUCCGCCGCACGCCCAGCCAGCGGCAGGGGCUCAUUGCGGCGAGCAUCAGCUUCUUCAAACGCGCCUUCACCAUGCGUAGCAGUGGCCGCAGCAGCGGUGGCAGCGACAGCGGCGGCGGCGGGGGUGCUGGAGCUGCAGCUGGCGGCGCCGCCGCCGCCACCGGCGCCGGCAGCAACUGGCGGUCCUCGGUUGACGGCGGCGGCGGCGGCGUCACGCCAAGCAACACUGCCCCCAGUAUGAGCCUCGACGGCCGCGGCUCUGAAGGCGUUGCCGCCGCUGGCGCCGGCGCCGCCACUUGGGCCUACCAGCGGCCGGCGUCGGAGCCGCAGCACGCGGGGGGUUGGGGCCCGUCGGCCUCGCCGCUACAGCUGCUGCAGCCGCAGUCGCCGCAGCACAGCGAGGCGGCUACGUCCGCCGCCGGCGGCGCCGCGCACCUCGCCGGCACGCCUACCACCAGCCGCCGCCGCAUGCUGGCGUCACAGAAAAGCUUCGUCAAGCACAGUGCGGUGCUGGGCUGGGUGCAUGGCGGGGCGGGGCACGGCGAGGAGGACGGCGGCGCCGGUGGCGCCGCCGCCGCCGCCCUGGCGCCGGUGGAGGGCGGAACGGACUCGGAGGGCGAGAGCAGCGCCGCCGCCGGCGGCGCCUCCCGCACCAGCCGCCUGCACAGCUUGCAGCAGUCACUCAUGGCCAUGGGUGGAGGCCAGCUCACGUGCGAUGCCGUGGUGGCGUUUGGUGGAGGCGGCGGCGGCGGAGGCGGCGGUGGUGGCGGUGGUGGCGGCGGCGGAGGUGGCGAGCGCGGCCGGCGCAGCCGCAAGCCGCGCGGGUCCUUUCGGCACCUGGGCUCGGGUCGCAACAGCGAGGCGGGCAGUGAUACCACCGCGGCAGGCGGCGGCGGAGGUGGUGGUGGCAGCGCUGGCGGUGGGAGCGGCUACAGCUACGGACAGACGCCGGAGGCGCUGGCGGCGGCGGCGGCGGCACCGCCAGCGGUGGUGCUUGUGCACCCGCCGGCGCACGGGACGCUUGGCAGUGCUGGCGGCGGCGGUGGCGGCGGCGGUGGUGGCGGUGGCAGCGGCAGCGGCGGCGGCAGUAGCAGUCAGGUGGCUGUAGCACAUGGCGGUGGCGGCGGGCGGACGGUGAGCAGCCACAGUCUGUAUGACACAUCUAACCCGCAGCUGCCUAACCCGCUGGCGCCUCCUGAUGCACUGAGCAGCCCUAGCGCCAGCGCCGGUGCCGGAGCCAGCACGCCCCAGGCGCAGCCGCAGCAGCCGGGCUUGCUGGUGAGGCUGGGGGUCUAGGAUGGGGCGGCGGCGGUCGAUCGUGCCGCUCGCGUCGGCUGCGCCCGGUGCCGAGGCCAUUGCGUCUCCGAAGGAGGAGCCGGAGGAGGCGGUGGCGAGCCGGGCGGGUGGCGACUGGCCGUAAGGGCUGGGCUUAAGGGAAAGAGAGGAGAUGGGAACCGUGGCGAGGUGCUGGGGCUGAAGUGGCCCAUGUGUGGGCACCCAGGUCGUAGCCGGCUGUGUGAGUGUGGACAUGUGACAAGUGGCCUGUGUGAUGUUUACAGUGUGACGCGGCUGCGUUUUGUUGAAGGUGUGGGUGGGUACGAAUGGCCAUGCAUGCCAACACGGAAUCCAGGGCAUUCUGUUGUCAGAGCUUUGUGACGAAUCUGUUUACCGCAACUUUCAUUGUGACUUGUGUUAUAGACUCCAUACGGUGGUUUACUGCUGAGGGUAGCUGCUACUGGCGAGGACGCAGACCGCCCGGCGCGGAACGCGCUGUUUUGUUACUGUCCCGUUGAUUGAACAAUGCCAUGGAGUUACGAAAGUCGCGAUGCUAUCGUUGUCAUAAGUAGGCCCUUGCGUGCCAUUGUGCCGCCAAUGUGCAUUGCACCGCAGAUGCGUAGCUUGAAAGGCUGCGCAAUAAGCAACGGCAUGCCGUUACUUGACUCCACUCCAUUUGCAUAACGCUGACCUACUACGGCACCGAGUUGCUGCACGCAUCAGGUUACGGCACAUUCAUACACAAUGUACGGUGUGGGUGGUGAGUGAGUGACGUGUUAGAGAGCACAAGGGAACGUGUAUGUGAUAUGACGCGGCGGGCGUGUGGUGUGGUGUGAAGACCAGCGUGCUUUCUUGUCAGCCGGCUCAGGCCUGAGACAGCAGCAGAGCAGCCGGCACGAAGAACAGUCGCGCGUGCGCUGGUGGGUGUAAGACAGAGUAGGGCUGCACUUACAGCUACGUACUGCUGUUGUCGCAGAGACACCUGUGAAACCUGCGAGGUGGCAUGCAGGCCGUGUGGCUGCGCAGUCAGGCGCAGUCCAAGAGCAAUCCCACACAAGUGUACAUCCUUCAGUGUGCCCUGCGAUGGCGCUUGCGCCUCGGUUGCAUUCCUCUUGCACGCCGCGGGGUAUCAGCGGACCGGCAUGGCGAAUGUGCCCGGUGCCACCGUAUGCGUGCUUGGUGCUAACGGCCAGCACAGCUAACCAAGCUGUAAGCGGUAGCAGUGUAGCACGCGGCACAUAACCAUAACCCGGGAUAUCGUACAGCACCCGCCGGAGGGUGCGUGACACGUGUGUUGCCCAUGCGUAAGUCCGCUAGCGCUUAUCAGCGCUACACGCACGGAGUCCUACAAGUCUAAUACAGGUGUAUAUCUUACAUCACCAAUUACACUGUUAGCGGAGUGCUGUCGAAAUGCGAACGCGAAUGUGCGCGACACGAAGAGAAGUUGUAGUCGCUAGCACGCAUAGAAGGCCGGUUAGCAGGAGGCGGUCACAGCAGACAUGUUACCUCAUCCAGACGGUAAACGCCACGGGCAAUAGAGGAGCGCCGCCGACCCAUCACUGAUAUAACCAGGUUGCGAUGGCUAGGCUGUCGGACGGCUGGCGGGCUGGCGCGGAGCGGAGCUGCGGGGCGCGCGGCAUCCGAAACCAACCUGGAAAACACCAGCGCC